AUGUCGUUCCCGGACUCCGAAAAAUACUCCCACUCCAAACAAGCGAAACACAUUACCAUGAGCCCAAACGCCUCCAGCGACUCAUUGUACCUGGAUUCCAGUGUUGCGCUCGAACAACGGAUGCAGGCCGAGGGUGAGGUGGAGGUGAAUAAUGCUGCUUUCCCUAAAGCCGAUGAACAGGAAGGUAUUCUCGCGGGCGUGAAACACCAAUUCGACUCGAUAGCUGCUGGUGGCUCCAUAUCGGAGUUUGGGAAUUCCGUUGGCUCGGCCGCCCAAGAGAGGUUUAUCGCCGCCAAGGAUACUCUAAUGGAGGGUGCGUUACCUGCUGCGCAGGGAGCGUUACAGACUGUUCAGGAUCACAUUAGCACCAUUUCAGGUGGAGCCAAGGAAGUCGAGGAGCCGGUAUCUGAAAAUAUUUCCCAGGAGGAGCGCGAAUUCAUUGACAAAAUGAGCAAUGAACAGAUUUGCGAUUUCCUACGAGCGAAACAUAUGAGCAAUAAGCACCGACAACCAACGAAGUAG